CUAGAGGCAAAGUACCACAGCUUCUCCUAGCAGCAGGGUGGGCGUUAGAGGCUCUUCGCAACAAGCCGUUUUCAUCACUACUUCGCUGUUCUCGAAGUAUUUCUGACUCUUUUCGCACACCAGGAUCAAACGUUUUCGCGUGUUUCGUGUUCAUGUACUCGGACAGUUGAAGGAAAACGCCGCACUAAAUGAGUUGAGCUCGAGACACACACAGCAUCAUCCGCUUGUCAGGUUCAGCUUCAUCCGAGCCUCGAGCUCAACUGCCCUUCAGCACACUGGAGCGGUUCUAGAGCUGUGCACUGGAGUUUGACGGACACAUUUUCUUCUUCGUCUUGGGAAGUACACGUUUAUGACUGAGAAACAUCACUAAUAUAUCGACCGGAGUCGAGGACAGGAAAUUAAUUUUUUCUCUCACAACGCCGUUACGCAUGGUGGGAAUUUCUACGUCUUUUCAGUAUCGUACUGAGAAGCGGUCCACCAUGCCCGACUCACCUGCUGAUGUGAAAACACAGUCCAGGUUAACUCCGCCCACCAUGCCUCCUCCCCCCACCACACAGGGAGCUCCCAGGACCAGCUCCUUCACCCCAACUGCAUUAACGAAUGGCACCAGUCACUCUCCCACUGCACUGAACGGAGCUCCAUCUCCACCCAAUGGCUUCAGCAAUGGGCCCUCAUCGUCAUCUUCAUCCUCACUGGCCAAUCAACAGCUGCCGCCGGCCUGUGGCGCAAGGCAGCUCAGCAAGCUCAAACGCUUCCUCACGACACUGCAGCAGUUUGGCAAUGACAUCUCACCUGAGAUAGGAGAACGAGUGCGUACGCUGGUGUUAGGACUUGUGAACUCCACUCUAACCAUUGAGGAAUUCCACUCCAAACUGCAAGAAGCGACCAACUUCCCACUCCGACCUUUUGUCAUCCCGUUUCUGAAGGCCAACCUGCCGCUACUGCAGAGGGAGUUGGUGCACUGUGCACGGCUGGCCAAGCAGAACCCGGCUCAGUAUCUCGCCCAACAUGAGCAGCUCCUGCUGGACACAAGCACCACGUCACCCGUCGACUCUUCUGAACUCUUGAUGGAUGUCAAUGAGAAUGGCAAGAGAAGAACGCCUGACAGAACCAAAGAGAACGGCUUUGAGCGGGAGCCGCUCCAUCCCGAGCACCCCAACAAGAGGCCCUGCACUAUCAGUCCCGGCCAGCGUUUCAGCCCCUCCAACGGGCUAUCCUACCCGCCCAACGGCCUGCCACACCCCACCCCGCCCCCUCCACAGCACUACCGUCUGGACGACAUGGCCAUAGCACACCACUACAGAGAUUCCUACCGCCACCCCAACCACCGCGAGCUCCGCGACCGCCCUCGGCCUCUGGGGAUGCACGGCAGCACACGCCAGGAGGAAGUCAUAGAUCACAGGCUCACAGACAGAGAAUGGGCAGAAGAGUGGAAGCACCUUGACCAUGUAAGAAAACUCCUGAACUGCAUCAUGGAUAUGGUGGAGAAGACUCGUCGCUCGCUGACGGUGUUGCGGAGGUGUCAGGAGGCCGACCGGGAAGAGCUCAACUACUGGAUCCGUCGUUACAGUGAUGCUGAAGACCUUAAGAAGACCAGCAGCACCAGCAGCAGUCAGUCCCGACAGCAGAGCCCCGCCAGCCAAGAAAGCAAUGCUUUAGAUAUCCAUAGGGAGCUCCUUCACAGGCCAGUGUCUGGAUAUGUGCCUGAAGAAAUCUGGAAGAAAGCCGAAGAGGCUGUGAAUGAGGUGAAGAGGCAAGCUAUGUCUGAGCUGCAGAAAGCUGUGUCAGAGGCUGAGCGCAAGGCACACGAGAUGAUCAGCACGGAGCGAGCCAAGAUGGAGCGCACGGUGGCCGAGGCCAAGAGGCAAGCGGCGGAGGACGCGCUGUCAGUCAUCAACCAGCAGGAGGACUCUAGUGAGAGCUGCUGGAAUUGUGGGCGCAAGGCGAGCGAGACCUGCAGCGGCUGCAACACGGCGCGUUACUGCGGCUCCUUCUGCCAGCACAAGGACUGGGAAAAGCACCACCACGUAUGUGGCCAGACUCUGCAGGCACAGCAGCAAAGCGAGACCCCGGCCACCGUCAGCUCCUCAGCCACCCCCAGCAGCGGAGCCGGGAGCCCAGCGGACACACCGUCCGCCGCCACUCCCCGCUCCGCCACACCCGGCACGCCCUCCACCAUAGAGAACACGCCGCGCUAGAGUCCGAGCGGACCCUUACCGAAGCCUCAGCAGACUGGGGACUGACUCACCUGCCUCACUCGCUCGCUCCAAAAUGCUAAAGCUAGCGCACUAACAAAGAAAGAAGACUGUACUUAGGGCGAUCACCCACAGGAGGUCCAUUUCGGGUCAUAUUGACUUGCCAUGAUAGAGAACGCAAAGAUAUUCUUUGUUUGAAAUUCUCAUUGUUCUUUAUUGUUACUACAGCUAUUAUCGAUUACUGCUGGUAAUGUCGUUUUUUGAUGUUGUGGCUCUCUUGCAUUCUUGUAAAUAAGAAGACAAAUGGAGUAGACAGCUGGGACCUCUUGAUGAGUGUAUUUGACCUCCUCUUCAUUUUGUUUUUUUGUCGGGUUUCCCCCCCC